CUGUUUUCUGCCCUCCUGCUAACAUGGAAGCAACAUGCCUAGUUGUCCUGCUCAGGUUAUGCGUCCAGAUAUUAGCCUUCCCUGUUUACUUGCUGUGGUAUCUGGGUAUCUGGGAACCCCUUUGCAAGAAGUUAUUCCCCUACUUCAUGUCUGUGAUGACAAUCAGUUAUAAUAAGCAGAUAUCCGACAAGAAAAGGGAAAUGUUCAGCAACCUGAAGGACUUUGCCAGUCCUACGGGGGCCCUCACACUGCUGGAGAUUGGUGCGGGAACUGGCACCAACUUUCAGUUCUACCCCAUGGGAUGCAAAAUCAUAUGCACUGAUCCGAACCCCAACUUCCAGAAGUUUCUCAACAAGAGCCUGGCUGAAAAUCCACACGUGCAGGUGGAACGCUGUUUGGUGGCUCCGGCUGAGGACCUGCACCAGGUACCAGCUGCAUCGGUGGAUGUGGUGGUUUCAACGCUGGUGCUAUGCUCUGUGAAGAGCCCCGAGCAAGUUAUGAAAGAAGUCCUACGUGUGCUGAGACCGGUAAGUAGCUCACGCCGUGGGAAGAACAAGGACAAUUCAGUAACUGCAGGGGCAUGUGUAUUAUCGGGUGUUAGUCAAUUCUAUAUCCGUUGGGGAAUCACAAAUGCAGGUAGAUGGAUUCGGAUCCCUUGUUGUUUCUGCGUAACUACAGUUAGGAACAAACAAUCCCACACUCUGUGUUAUUGAGAGCACCUUACACAGAUCUAGACAUGCCUCUUAUUAUUUUGUCCGUUGUUGUUGCGCACUUGUGAAAGACCAAAGCAAAUUUUAAAAUAUGCUUGUCUCUGAUGUUGAAACUGAUAAGAGGGUUGGGCAGGAAAGCCCAAUAUACCUGAAGCAGCCUCUCCACUCCCGUCGUUCAGCCCGGACACUGAGAUCCAGCUCCGAGGGCCUUCUGGCGGUUCGCUCACUUUGAGCAGUGAAGGGAACCAGACAGAGGGCCUUCUCGGUAGUGGUGCCCACCCUGUGGAACGCCCUGCCAAGGAAAUAAACUUUUAGAAGACAUCUGAAGGCAGCCCUGUUUAGGGACGUUUUUAAUGUUUGAUCUUUUAUCGUGUUUUUAAUAUUCUGUUGGGAGCCAUCCAGAGUGGCUGGGGAAACCUGUAUGUAUGAAUGAAUAAAUAAAUAAAUUAUUAUUAUUAUUGUUGUUGUUGUUGUUGUUGUUGUUGUUGUUGUUGUUAUUCCUCCUCCUCACAUUUCAGCCUCUCUGCAUUUGUUUUGUGCCGAUUCCCACCUGCCUUAAAAAAAAUAUAUAGAAUGAUUCAUGUCUGGGAAUGGCUUUUUAAACACAUUAUAGCCUCUCUUUCCUUUCGAAGUAUAGUGAGUAAAAUGUAUCUGUUUCACCCACUGAGAUUUCCUUGACAUCUUCCAUCUCUGCUUACCAAUGAAACUGGCAAAGUCGGGGGCAAACACAAAAUCACCCUUGGCUAAGCUGUUAACUGACUCUAGUGACAGAUCCCAUACCCUCCAACAUUUAUUUGAUGAAAAUAGGGACAUCCUAUUAAACAACAACAGCAGCAAUUGUAUUAUUGGUUGCCCCAACCACUCUGGGUUGCUUUCAACAUACAUAAAAACAUAAUAAAACAUAAAACAUUUUUUUAAAAAUCCCUAUACAGGGCUGCCUUCAGAUGUCUUCUAAAGGUUGUAUAGUUACUUAUCUCCUUGGCUUGGGGGGUCACAUAACUCCAUAUCCUCCAACAUUUCUCUGAUGAAAAUAGGGACUGAGGAAAAGCAGGACAUUCCAGGAUCAAAUCAGAAACCGGGACGUAAAUCUAGGGCUCUUAGCAUAGGGACAUGAUCCAGACCAAACAGUUAUUAUCUUUCUCCCUGCAACACGACCAAUUUGGACAGCUGCCACCAAAAAUAACAUAAGGUAGAAUUAAGUGCAGAGUAGACAUAUUAAAAUGAAUGAACUUCUCUUAGUCCCCGUGAUUACCGUAAUUUCAAUAGGCCUACUUAGUUAAAUACCUGCCAGGGUACUAGGGUGGAUGAAGUUAUUUAAAACCUCUCCUUCAAGCCCAGUGGCCUGAUCAGGAUGUAAAUUGCCCUCACCAGGAAAAGGGAUAGCUCCCCUUUUCAACUCUUACAUCUGUAUGGAUCCAUACUGACUUUUGGUCUUUCUCAGCAUUGGCAUGCAGCUCUCAAAGGGUUUGCUAAGCAUGACUGCAACCUUGGGCCCAAAAGGUUGGUUAGUUACCCCAGUUCAUAAUCCUAAAAGCACCCAACAUAAAUAAACUUUGGAAUUUUGAACAGUUUACAUACCAGUUCACAGUGUACCGGUACUUGAAUUUACAGUUUUCACAAUCAGUUAUUUGAGAAACGAGCCCUUAAACUCAACCUGUUAAUCAUUAACAUGUCCAAGGACAGAACUGGGGUCAAGUUUGACAAUGAUACCAAAUUUUUCACGUUGGUUGAUGCAAAAAGCGGUUGUGAAAAGCUCCAAAAGGAUUUCUCCAAACCAUAGAACCAACUCCUAGGGGCCGAGGUCCCAUUGACCCCACGAAUAAAAUAUUUGAGGGGGCCGAAACCCCCAUAGGUGAUGGGCAAUACGAUUAAAAUGGAGUGUUUCAGUGUACUACUUCUUGUGGUUGAUUAUAUGGGGAGGGGCAUACCUGGCCUUCCCCAAUAUUUUAUUCAAGUUGGCACUCCUGCUCCAAACUGAGCGAAUGCGCAUUAAAAUGGCCAAUGAAGUUCAAAGUAAUCAAGAGUAGAGUGAUUUGGGGGUGAUAAAUAAAAAUAAAAUCACGUAUAACCUCAGAAAUCUGAAUUGGUGGUAAGUGACCAGGGAUGAGACUUUGCAGCCAUAGCAGAUAGUUUGGUGAAGAGGUUGACCCAGCUUGUAGCAGCUGUGAGAAAAGGCAAAUGAUGGAGAUGUGUAAUGUUAUGCUCCGAAUGGAGAAAGUGGACAGAGAAAUCAUAGAAUUGUAGAAUUAGAAGGGAGCCUGGAGAUCAUCUGGUCCAACCCCCUACAAGGCAGGAAUAUGCAGCUGUCCCAUACAGGGAUCGAACCUUCAACCUUGCCGUUCUCAGCACCACGCUCUAACCAACUGAGCAGUCUGUGUUCCUCUCAUAAGACUAGAACCCCAAAGCCAUCCAAUGCAACUGAAUGUUGGAAGAUUCAGGACAGAAUUCAGGGAGGCAGUGGCUGUUGCCAUGAAAAAUUAACAGCACUCUGAUACCAUUAGUGCUGAUUAUGCAAAGGAAUAUCUGAGGAAAUCCAAAGGAGAAUAGAAAGUAACUUAUAUGCAUUCAUUUCUGUUUCUCCAGGGUGGCGCUUUCUACUUCCUAGAACACGUUGCAGGUGCUCCUUCCAGCUGGACUCUCUUCUGGCAGCAGAUCUAUGAUCCAACUUGGAUAUGUCUGUUUGACGGGUGCCACUUGGCCAGAGAAACCUGGAACGACCUGGACAAAGCUGGCUUCUCAGAGCUGAAGCUACGGCACAUACAUGCUCCUUUAAAAUGGCAUCCUACUAGGCCGCAUAUCAUAGGUUAUGCUGUAAAGUAG